CAUUAGUAUUUGAGACAGAAUAGAAAUAGUUUAUGCAUCAAUAACACAAAACAUUGUGUAAUCUGAAUGCGGCAUGACGCUUCUGCUUCCUAAACAAAUAACUUUUAAAGACUUGUAAUGAAGAUUUGUUUUGGUUUGCGGAUAUCUUAUGCUUGGUGUAAGGUUGACUCGUCAUUGUUUCGGUGGCUUCAGGGAAGUUUAAAGUGCUCUAUUUCCAUGCCGUAUUUACCGUAAGAAAACGUGUGGCCAGGCGUAGAGGCCCGAUCCUCUUAUGAAUGACAGUCUGAAUAGCCUGUAAAAUGUCUCAAGCCCGCCCAUAUCAGACCGCUUAAACCAAUUAGCUUUAUUCAAGUCACUGACAAACUACAGUGAAAUAUAUUCAAGACUCCUUAUAGAAUAUCGGAAGAUAAACUGUCAGAAACGAAUCCAUAAAAGGCAGCUUUUGAAUUGUAUAAAAUCAUAUGCAUCUUAUUUAAGCCUUACUUUGGAGUGGAUGCUGGGUGAAUGCUAACGUGCAAGCAGCGCUGCCAAAUAAUGGAGAGUGAAAAACAUGGCAAUUUACAGGAUUAGGCUAUAUUUCAACAUUUUAUCGGCAACUAGCCUUCUAUGGUUAUGUUACAUAGGUAAUGUAAAGCCAUGGACUAUAGUAGGCCUAUAGUUGAAGCCAAGGUCUAAAUUGAAAAUUAUUUUCACCCUUAUCGAGUCUGUGAUAAACAACUGACGUGUAUUUCGCGUCAUUGAGGUCGCUUCCGUGCGUUUAGAGCCACACUCCACCAGAAAUAAUUAUGCCGUAUUCGUUCAUAAAUGCUUCGUCAGAGUAUGUGUUUAUGGAACCCACAUAACGUUGAUUCAUGUUAUCCAUGUAUGUUACAUAAGCAACUGGCCUACAUAACUAGCUUAAUCUAAUUUCAGAGACCAUUUGCAUUGCUAUUGUCUCCCAUUGUUGCAAUAUGUGGAAUGUUCGCCUGACCAGAAAACACGUGGGUUGCCAAGUUGUGUGAAGAUAUCCGGCUACUAUUGUUGCAUUUAAAUGGAAUAUGCUCAAAGUCUCUACACAAAGCAGGAGGUGGAUGUGGGCAUGAUGAGCAAGACACCCCCUAACAGAAGAGGGAUAACCUUUGAGGUGGGAGCAACGCUAGAGGCCAGAGACACCCUCAAAAACUGGUAUCCGGCCAACAUAGAGAAGAUCGACUAUAGUGAUGAGAAGAUCCUGAUCCACUACCGUCAGUGGAGCCACCGCUAUGAUGAGUGGUUUGACUGGACCAGCCCCUACCUGAGACCUGUAGAGAGGAUCCAGCUGAGACGACAGGGACUGCUGGACGACGAUCCUAUCCCUGGAUUUCAUGUGAAUGACAAGGUCCUCGCCAGUUGGACCGAUUGCCGCUUCUACCCUGCCAAGGUCUUAGCAGUCAAUAAAGAUGCAUCUUACACCGUGAAGUUUUAUGAUGGAGUCGUCCAGACAGUGAAGGGGAUCCACGUGAAGCCUUUUGUCAGAGAGAGAGGAGGAGGGAAGACUCGGUCUGCUGAGAGGAAUGGAGUCAGGAAGCAUCAGAAUGGCAGAGAACGGAGGCCUCAGGAAAACAGCCCCAAGAAUAAAAGGGCCAGACGCAGUACCUCUGACCUGGAGGGAGACAGUGAGACCGAGGAUAAUAAUGAGGUUGAUGAAUGGGACAAGAGGGAGGGACAGGAGAAGACCAAGAGGAAGGACGGUGAGGUGGACGUCACCAAAGAUAGUCCACCCGCGAUUAAGCUGGAGGAGCAUACAGAGCAGCAUGCAGGACAGAACGACCUCCGGGAUCACAUGAUAGCCACUGUGGGCCCGAACGGAGUGAAGGUGGAAGAAGACCGAGGACAGAAGGUGGAAGAAGACCGAGGACAGAAGGUGGAAGAAGACCGAGGACAGAAGGUGGAAGAAGACCGAGGACAGAAGGUGGAAGAAGACCGAGGACAGAAGGUGGAAGAAGACCGAGGACAGAAGGUGGAAGAAGACCGAGGACAGAAGGUGGAAGAAGACCGAGGACAGAAGGUGGAAGAAGACCGAGGACAGUGUGAGGAGAGGUCUACUCAUAAUUUAAAUGGAGGGAUAAAAAAAGAGAUGGAAAUGGAAACUGAGUACACAGUCCUGAGCUCACCAAAUGAACCUAAGCCACCCACUGAGUCACCCAAUCAGAUGUCAACACUGACAGGGCCAGUGUCUAUCCCAUUACCCUCAGCUUUGUCCACCAAUGACGAAGUGGAGCAGAAGGCAGCGAGCCAACCGGAGAGCUCAAAAUCUGCACCAGUGGACCUCCCAGUGAAACCAAUAAGGAAGCAGGGUUUUCACAACCCCAACAGAUUCAGCAGAGAGCCAUUGUACAGAGUGAUCAAAAACCAGCCUCCCCCAGUCCUGUCCAUCAACUUGGACCACAACCCGUUUAAAUGCAGCGCUGUGGGUUGCACCAAGUCGUUCCGCAAGGCCAAGCUGCUUCACUACCACAUGAAGUACUACCACGGAGAGGACCAGCAGCUAGAGGAUGACCUCAGCCCCACCAGGAGCGUCCAGACCCAGGCCUCAGAGAAGCACCCCUUCCCUACCAUUCUGGAGAGUCCUAAGAGGAGACGCACCAUCUCUGCCUCAAUGCACUCCACUGUGCACAGUCCUAUCAGAACUCCCCCGUCUCCACGUAGUGAGGCAAAGACAAUGAGCAGACGCAGGUCAGUGCCACCUGCUGUCAGCACAGAGCCAACGCAGAGCCAGCAGCAGAGGGCACUGCUGAGGGAGAAGAGCAAAGAGAACCAGCUGGACAGGAAUGGCCAGAGACCGGUGGUGACAGAGACGUUUAUGAGCAGUGGCAUGGACUUAGGAUUGGUGAAAGAACGAGACCGGCUGAAGGAUAAGAAACAAACGGACUUCCUUCGCGUUAAAGUGAAGAAAAAGAAGAAGAAAAAGAAGGCCAAGUCUGAUGAGGAUAGCAUCAGUGAUUGGUCAACUGACAGCUGUGAGUGGAGUGAUGAUGAGCAGGGGGCGGAGCUGGACGUCACUACUCCACCCCUGAAUCUGGGCUCUGUUGCCAUGGAGACGGGCGCUCAGGAGAUUGUGCGUUGUGUCUGUGAGGUGGAAGAGGAAAAUGAUUUCAUGAUACAGUGUGAGGAGUGUCUGUGCUGGCAGCAUGGCACCUGCAUGGGCCUCCUGGAGGAGAACGUCCCUGACAAAUACGCUUGCUACGUCUGCCGAGACCCACCAGGUCAGAGGCAGAGCCUGCGGUACUGGUAUGACCGUGAUUGGCUGAGCAGGGGUCACAUGUACGGUCUGUCCUUCCUGGAUGAAAACUACUCCCACCAGAAUGCAAAGAAGAUUGCAGCAACACACCAGCUACUAGGAGACGUCCACCAUGUGGUGGAGGUGCUCAAUGGCCUGCAGCUCAAGAUGAGCAUCCUACAUACCCAAACCCACCCGGACUUGCGGCUGUGGUGCCAGCCCUGGAAGCGGGCAGAGAGGCCCUGGAGGAGAGACGGCUCGGGGACGGGCACUGACGCAGCACCGUCUCCAGCGCCAACAGACGAGGGCUCAGAGAGGGACCACAAGAGUCUUGCACGUGGGGGAGCAGAAGCUCUGAUGUCAGCCGCCAUGGAGAAGCUCAGUCGAGCCUCCUCUUCCGCCUUCUCGCCAUACCAGUCGUUCCAGGACUCGUACAUUAUGAGUGAGCACUGCUACCAGAAGCCGCGGGCGUACUACCCUGCGGUGGAGCAGAGGCUGGUUGUGGAGACCACACGGAGGGGCUCUGAGCUGGAGGACAGCCUGAGGAGUACUGAGGACCUCCUGGAGAGAGAGCAGCGCUAUGGAGGCAUGCUAGAGACAGCCAGGCCCAAAGCCCACACACACCUGAACACUCACACCAAGUGCUCAGAUGUUGGUCGCUGGGGCCAGGCCGAGGUGAAGAUGGAGGGAGGGGACGGAGACGGCAGUAGCCAGCAGCACCAGUGGCAGAUCAACCUGCUGGAUCACAUAGAUGCCGUACAGGAAGAGGUCACUCACAGGAUGGACUUCAUUGAGAGGGAGCUGGAUGUGUUGGAGAGUUGGCUGGACUACACAGGGGAGCUGGAGCCCCCAGAGCCUCUGGCUCGCCUGCCUCAGCUUAAACACAGCAUGAAGCUGCUGCUAACAGAGCUGGCUAAGGUGCAGCAGAUUGCCCUGUGCUGCUCCACAUGAGGGUGCCAGUGAGCAGUGUGACAUCCAUAUUCACAGACCAACACAGCACUCCCAAGAGACAAUGCAGUGGAGAGCAGCCACUCACAGGUCUAUCUAUGGCAUAUGGGGGUUGGACUGAGGAGAAAUGACCAGAUAAUUAAAUGCAAAUGCACUUUCAGUAUACUGCAGACUAGUGGGAGCAUUUCAUGGCAUGGGGUAAAAUGCUUGAGGAUGACAGUUGGUGUUCCUCUGUAAAGCCUCUAGUCUGUACAGGGAAAAGCCCACAUAAUGGAAAUGUGCUGUAUCGUGGUCAUUGCAGUAGGUAAUGGAUGGAGUCAAUACAAGAGAGAACAAACGGGGACAGUUUAUGAUCGGAUGGGUUUUGUUGGUGCAAACCUGCAUCAUAUUAAUGCCUUGGUCUGAGGUUUUGUUUGAAGCUUACUGUCAUGCACUCCACAAAUUGAUGAGCUGUACUAUGUAUUCAAAGAUCUCACCUGAACUUCUGAUAGGCACACUGUCAAUAUUCAAAAUGACAGCUUUUGGAAACACUGUCCUUGGAGCCAUAUUUUGCAACUAUUUUUCCUGUCUGAAUAUUGUAAAGUACUUAGUCAAUGAUAAUCCAAUUUGUAAGUCGCUCUGGAUAAGAGCGUCUGCUAAAUGACUUAAAUGUAAAUGUAAAAUAAUCUCGCAUAAUUAUUAAGCUUAUGUUUGCUGAUCAUGUGGAUUGUUUUACAGAGCACAACCUUAAUAAGGUUAUAAAUAGGGUGUGACAAUACAAACUAUAUUCUUAUAAUGGUACUGUAUAGAUAAGAUGAAUCUUUCAGAUUUUACGUAGUGACUUUUUACUUGGUCUGUAUUAUAGACACUGGAGGGACAGUACACAGUUUGAUGACGAGUGACGUUUCUGGAUUUUUGUUUUAAUAUUGUUUAAAUGUGGUUUCUUUCCAACGCUAAUGUCACUUGUAUUUUGUUGGAUUCCGUGCUUCUUCUCUUCUAUGCUAUUCACUGUCGUCUCGCGAGUUCCUGCCCUACUACUUUGCAGAUGCAUGCCAGAUCUUAGAAUGCCUGCAAUAGGUGUAACAUUUUAGCCAACCACCUCGUAUGAUAUAGCAAUCUGGUGCCCGACUGCAGUCUGACGUGGCACACAGCCAUUGGUAGAUGCAAUGCAACGCCUGCCCUGCACAUCUAGUCGUGCAGGAACUCGACCUUUAACUUUUCUUCACUGUAGCUUUUGGCUUACUGCAAAUGUGUGUGGAGAUGUCUGCUACAACCUCAGCAACUUGUGUUCUUUUCCCAGUGGAAGACUUGUAACAGAUCCACGAUUUUCCUUUUCUUGUAUCGUUUUAUCUGUACUGUUUAUUUGCAAUAUUUUGUAUUUCUUGUGUAAAUACAUCUGAAUGUUUCCUGG